AUGAUUCUUCCUGACACAUUUCAAACUCUACCCCGGCUAAAACACUUGUAUCUUUCCAACAACCGGAUAAGGAUGAUUCAGUCUGAUACAUUCCAAAAUGUAACCUCACUUCAGACGUUGUCCCUAGCCUUUAACCGGAUAACGUACAUUCAUUCUCAAGCAUUUAAAAAUCUGCCCCAUAUCCAAAAGUUGUACCUACAAAAAAACAAGCUGUCUGCCAUUCUCCCUUCAGCUUUUCGUAUGUUGCUAUCUAUUCGUACCGUAAUAAACGUUGACGGGAAUCCCUGGCAGUGUGACUGUAUGAUGGCUCCUUUCAGGCUGAAUACCACAAAUUUUCAGUCACUUACAGACAAGAUUAUAUGUUCCCAACCCGCCAACGUUCAGGGACGAAAGCUCACAGAUGUCGAUCCAGAAGACUUAAUAUACUAG